GUCCGAUGCCGCCGCGGCCUCGCCCGCCCCGCCGCCGGAGGCGGCGGGCGGCAGCGGCCGCGGCGCGCGGCCCGCCGAGGGCGAGGAGGACGCCGGCGGGCCACGCAGGCGGAGGCCCCAAGCGGCACCCGCAUGGUUCCCGCCGGCCGGGUGGCACCACGUUGCAGGCCCGCGGUCUCCGCCGCGCGGCGCCAGUCCGAGCAGCGGCGGCGUCGAGGAGGAGGCCGACGAGGCCGAGGCCGAGAGCCGCGCGCCUGACGGGUGCGCCCGCCCGGACACGAAGGUGGAGCUGCUGGCGCCGUCGUGCCUGGGGCGUCAGCGGGACGCCGGCCGCUGCUCACUGCCGCGGCGGCCGUCUGCCCCGGCCGCGGGCCGCCCCAGGCUCCUCGAGCACCCGCCCGCGCACCACCUCGCGCGGCCGGGGCGCCCCGGCGGCGGCUUCGGGUGCCGGGGCGCGGGCGCGCCCAGCCGGCGUUUCGCGGACCGGCUCGGCUUUCUCGCGCUGAGGGGCGGCCUGGGCUGCAAGGCCGCCGUGCCGUGA